GCGUCGCGAGGCCACGGUGAGGUCUCCUCCGUGCUAUGAAGUAGGGCCGUUGCCCGUAACGUCGCCUCAUAUAUAUUUGUUUGCAUUUGGAGGCGGUGUUAUUGACGAAGGUGUUGAGUUGACGGCCUGCCGCGUCACUCAACUCCGCAUCAAGCAAGGCGACGCAUGAACCGUGGACAAGCGGAGACCUGGCCUCGCCGCUGCGAUGAUACCCCCUGCUGUCGCUGACCCCGCGACGGACGGCCGCCGCCCCCAUCCGACGCGCGGCCGCUGGUAGCUCUCUCUGGCUGCGAGAAGUCCCCGAGGGAAUCUACGCUUUGUGCGACGCGACAACCUGCACGACGGAGGGUGGCCGAUUCCGCAAAUCGACGAUGCUCAACAUGGAUGUGCAGAGCAACGGACGCGCGCUUCUCCCCACCGCCCCGAGCGGAUACGCCGCUCCGCCGGCACCACUGCCUCCUCCUCCUCCUCCGCCGCCACCGCCGCCACCACCGCCGCCCCUUCCCCCGUCCCUGGGCUUCACGGGAGUGACGUCGGGGGGCGACGGCCGGGCCGGCGGCGUGGACGCCAGCAAGAAGAAGAUGCGCAAGUUCUUCUGGAACGUCAUCCCCAAGGAACGCAUCGAGGGCAAAGCGAACCUGUGGACCAUGGGGGGUCGCAGCGACUCGAUCGAGCUGGACACUCGGCGCAUGGAGGAGCUCUUCUCCAGCGCGGACGCCGAGAUCCGGACGGGGGCGGCCCUUGGCCUCGUGAAAUCCCACAGCGCGGCGCGGUUGGCUAAGGAGGAAAGCCUCCUGGACUCCAAGCGCAGCAUGAAUGUUGGAAUUUUUCUCAAGCAAUUCAAAGGGACCCUGGGCCAUGACGUGAUCCAGGACAUCCUGGAGUGCCGGAGCAAGGACUACGGAGCGGAGAGGCUCGGGGAGCUGCUCAAACUCCUGCCGCAGGCGGACGAGCUGAGUCAGCUGAAGCAGUUCCGCGGAGACAGGAGCCGGCUGCCGGCUCCCGACGCCUUCAUGCUGCUGCUGAUCGAAGUCCCCUGCUACGAGCUGAGGCUGCAGCUCAUGGUCCUCAAGGAGGAAUUCCACCCCACGGUGGCCUCGGCACGCGACGGAAUCCGCGUGGUGCGCCAGGCGGUCACAGAGCUGCAGGCGUGCGAGCAGCUCCACAAGGUGAUCCACCUCGUGCUGAAGGCAGGAAACUACAUGAAUGCGGGAGGGCACGCAGGAAACGCCGCGGGCUUCAAGAUCACGUCGCUGCUGAAACUCGCGGAUACGCGCGCCAACAAGCCCGGCAUGAGCCUCAUGCACUUUGUGGUGAUGGAGGCGCAAAAGCUGGACCCCUCCUUGCUGUCUUUCCCGGACAAGUUGGUGCAUAUUGAAGAAGCAAAGAGGCUCUCGGUGGAGACGAUGGAGCUGGAACUGGAGAGUCUGAGCCAGAAGAUCGCCUCGCUCCGCCAGAAAGUGCGCGCCGACCCUCAGCUCAGCCUUCAGAUGGAUUCCUUCUUCCAGGAGGCGUCGCGCACCAUGGCGGAGCUGGGGCGCCGCCGGACGGUGCUCCGCGCCGACACUCGCUCGCUCGCCAGCUUCCUCUGCGAGGACGAGGAGGGCUUCUCGCUGCAGGAGUGCUUCGGCAUCUUCCACAGCUUCUGCGCCAAGGUCCGGAACGCCAUCAAGGAGAACCGCGAGCGCGAGAUGAACGAGCUGCGGCAGCAGCGCACGCGGGAAGGCAUCCUCGCUACCGCCGGGAGCCAAGCGGCACUCGCUGGCCUUCCCCGCGGACGAGCCGGUCUCCCGGGGCAGCGGCAGCGGCAGCGGCGGCGAGGCCGACCCGGAGCAGGCUCUGCCCGAGUCGCCCGUCGCCGGCACGUCGCCCGUGACGCCCGUCUCGCCGAUGCUCGCGCUCUCCCGCACCUCGGUCGGGUCCACCAAUGCGCGGCGUAGCAGGCGGCUACCGUCGGAGCUGGGCGGCCGUGACCUCUUGCACUUUCUGCACGCGUCGCCGCCGGUGUCGCCGCCGGUGACGGCGGCCGGCGAGCCGAGCGAGCGGGACUUCGACGGCGACCGGGAGAGGGAGCACAUGCCGCUCGCAAAGUCCAGCAGCCUC